GUCUAAUUAUUUCUUGAAAAUACUCCACGAGUGAAAAUAAAGUCCACAAUUUCAAUUAAAAUGACCCACCGGUUAAUUCCUCGCUCAUAUUGUGCUUUUUAAGGCCAGCAGAGGGAGCCCGUCGUUCACUGUGGGACACUCGUUCUGCUUUUCUUCUUCUUCUCCAUGUGGCCGUGCAUGGGUUGUUGGUAUAUCACGUUUCCAAACACCGCUGGCAGCAGACAGGGAGCAGAGGAAGGACCUCACUAAGCAGGAUGUCUAUGCACAGGACAUUGUGUGGCCGUCCUGCUCUGCAGCUCUGCAGGAUGUUUUCAUCCAGAUCUUUACCUACUCUCACUCUGUUCACAAAGGAUCCAUGUCCACUGUGUGAUGAAGCUAAAGAGCUGCUGCAGCCAUUCAAACACAGGUUUAUCCUGCAGCAGGUGGACAUCAGUCUCCCAGAAAACAGGCAGUGGUGGGACAAGUACAAGUGGGACAUCCCAGUGUUCCACCUGAAUGGUCAAUAUUUGAUGAAACACGGAGUGGAUGCUGCAUUGCUGGACAAACUGCUUCAAGAUAUUGAGAAGAAAAACAUGUGAUGAGAAUCUUUUGUGUUUUAGUUAUUUGAGCUAAUGUCUAUUUUAAUUAUCAAUAAAAACAACUUCCCAAUAAUUCAUUGGU